GUGCGAAGUGGGAGGGUGCCGUUCCUCGUAUCCGCUCCUCAGUCCUCACAUCUUCACGAAGACUCGGCCUAACGAGACGGAAAUGCUGAAGACAGGAGCACGCACCCACGGACAGCGAGUCUCCAGGCUCACCCUGGAGCAGGAGGCCACCCUCGAGACGGAAUUCAGCAAGGGGAAGACACUACACGAAACGGACCUGGCACUACUCGCAGCCGAAAUAGGUGCCAACGAGACCGACGUCAGGGAGUGGUAUAUCCAGAGGGUGGCGACCUGGAGGAGAAGUCAAGGGCUGUCAGACUGCUUUGGACAGAUUUAAAAGCAACCUAUUUAUAUUUUUUAAACGCCAAUACCAAUGCAAACCAACUGUAAAUUGUUCAAAAGUUAACCAACCACAUCUACCGCCGAGUACGAAAUGGUUAUUAUUAUUAGGAUUGGCACCCUACGCCUAAAUCGGUGCCCGAGGUGGAAACGUUGAGUCUCAAAAUUAUUUUUAGAGCAUUUGUUUACAAUCGACUCUCGAGAAUCUGUCCCAAUGCCAAUUUCACCUUUUAAAAUAAAGCACUCCGGAAACGUUUCCACCUUUUCCCCUCAACCCUACACCAAAAAUUCACUCUUAGUUUUCAUUUUUAUUAACAAAUUAUUUAUAUUGUGUAUAUAAUGUUAUUUUUGAUUAAAAACUAUUUAAAGUA